CACACCCUCCCCCCCAUAGCUCAGAGCAGCGUGGCAGAUCGAGGGCUCGUCCCUCCCUCUGUUCUCUUUCCCUUUAGCCCGCUGCGUGCUGUUAUGGGAGGGGCAUGUGGUAGAGAGACCCUUUUUCCUCUGAUCCCGGAGGAGACCCCAGUGUCCCCAGCCCUGUGCAGAGGCUGAUGCUCCCUAGGCGGGGCACAGCUUCCCCUCAGGGCUGGCGGGUGCCCUGAGUGCCCAGGCCCGCCGCGGGAGCCGAGGGGCCCUCAGGGGCUCGCUGUGUGUGUCAGGAGCGCUGGGAGGGCAGGUUUCGGAUGCAGUCUGAGAAGUGUGGAGAAGAGAUGCCUUCUCUGCACUGGGGUAUCGAUCCUGUGUUUUCUGCAUUUGCAAGGCUCUAUAUUAAAGAUAUUACAGAAAUGAGAGAAUCUAUACAGGUGCCAGGUAUAUUCUUUUAUAAUGGACAUCCUAUAAGACAGGUGGAUGUUGUUGGGACGGUGGUUCAAAAGAAGGAGCGAGAUGCAUUUUAUAAUUAUGGAGUGGAUGAUAGUACUGGAGUUAUUAAUUGUGUCUGCUGGAAAAAUCCCAUGGUAGCAGAAACGCCUUUAUCAGGUCAUUCAAGCACACCCAGCAGUCUGAGUGUGUUUGAACAGCUGAAGAAACUCCAAGAAACAGUAAGCCAGAAAACCAAGCUGGAGAUUGGGGAUGUUGUCAGGGUCAGAGGUCACAUCCGAACCUAUAGGCAACAAAGAGAAAUUCAGGCUUCAUGUUUUUAUAAAGUGGAUGAUCCUGUGUGUGAUGUCCAGAUUUCGAGAAUGCUGGAGCUCCCCUGUCUCUAUAGAGAAGUUUAUGAUAAACCUUUCAAGAGCCCUGAGGAAAUACAGAGUGGCCCGGAGGGUCAGAAUUUCUCAAUCCACAUGCUGUAUGAGAAAGUGCAAGGCUUUCUAUUAGAAAACAAAGUUCAGACCUUUUACCAGCAGGAGUUGGAGACUGUUGAUUCUCUGGUGUCUCUGAUGGGUGUGCAUCUACCCAGCCCCAGCUGUGAGGAGGUGAAGUCAGAAAGUAGCUCCAGUUCCAAAAGGAUUCAUGGUGUUUUUAAGGAAGCAAUAAAGAUGCUACAAGAAAAAGGAGUGGUUUUCCAGAAACCUAGCAGCUCCAAGGACUUAUACUAUGUGACUGACCAUGAUAAGGAGCUGUUUAAAGUGACCCUUGAUGUGAUUAAAGAAGACUGUCGAAAACCCAGGCAUGCUGAAAAAGGCUGCCAUUUCCUUCAUGUCCUGAGCUGUGUUCGGCAGAGCUACAGCCCCUCUCUGCCUGAAGUGGUGAUGCACCGGGUCUUGGAACUACUGGAGAGUAACAGUGAUGUUGUCAGCACUAUGGAAGGAUAUUUCAUGGUAUUUUAAAGAGAAAAGAUAAGAAAGAGAGGUUGAGAGACUGAGAGAAACUGUAAUUAUCUGGUAUUAUCUAGAUAGUAGAUAAAAAAGAGCCUUUUGAUUCUCCAAAUGCUAUUUUUGUUCAGCUUCAGAGAAAUUGUUCAAAUACUUGUUUUAAUAUUCUUCCUGACUUCCUUGCUAUUCCUAGUGAAAGUGGUAUCAAACUCAUUCUGGACAUUCUAAUCUAGCAGGGAAACUGGAAAAGAAACUGUGCUCUUGGAGUAAGAUGAGACAUUGAUCAUCCUCACAUCUGCAUCCAGUGUGCCUAAAGAAAAGUCACUGCUAAAGAUCACUGUUUACAGCAGUGGUCAUCUCAGGAGAUAUUCUUCUGGCUCAAUGAUUGAUCUUGCUAGGUUUCAUGUGGUAAUAGCUGUAAUCUUUAAUUUUAUGUGAACUUGGUAACACCUAGAGAAAGGACACAAAAACAGGAGGAUUUGCCUGUCCUUCCUGGCAGUGCUGGUGCAUCUUUGUGAAUAUAUGUUCCUCAAUUUGGACAGCUUUCCCACUACUAAAGCAAUCCUCACCAUUCUCUGUAAAGUAAUGUUCAGGAAUGGGGUCCUGCAUCCCUUGCCCACUAGUUGUCAAGCAUGUUUGCAUUCCUCUGCAUUCCCAUCUGUGCUACUGAUGUCUGCUGUUGCAAUUUCUCUUCAGACCAGAAUUUUCAAAUUCAGCUACUAUUUUGCUGUUUCAGUUGUUUCUUAGAUCACAAAUGGUAAAACAUAAAUUCAAUGCUUUGGAAAAGAAAAUACAGAAACCAUUGAGACCCAC